AUGGGCCAGCCCGCGCCGCUUUUGGCCGCCCGAGCCCAAAAGCUCCGGCCCCCGGAACGAACCCGACCGGGGACGGUUGAGCGAAUGGGCCCCCGUAUUACUUUGAGUGGCGGACUGCUCCGGAAAGGUCUGAGGCUCACCCACAUUCGCACUGAGCACUCAACCACUCGACCGAUAUACACCGUCUCUCCUCGCUCCCCAAACAACGAACGAACGAACGAUGGGUGGAGGACAUCAUGGAUUCCGUCAAAAAACGUGCACGUCGACCGGUAUGCGGCGAUGCGAGACGGGGUGAUGAAGACGUACGAAUGGACGCCCCGGAAUGCGCGCAACACGCUCCUCAUCUUGGGGCUCAUCCCAUUUGGAUUGCUGUACAUCGGCGUCGUCGAUUCCAAUAAAUGGGACUUGGCAGGAAAAAGAAAAGAUGAAUCAUUAUACAAAUAUCCCAGCUCUGACUCGUAA